AUGAUUCACAAGUGGUUCCUCUGGCUCGCCUGCCUGGCAGGGGGUGGAGUCGAGGCAUUGUCACUCCACCAGCGGGAUAAACCGGCAAUUGUCAAGAUCCCAGUCCAACGCGCAGCUAACGUUGCCACUCGGCUUCAGAAACGAAUCUCUACAGUCUCGGCACCAUUUGAAGUUCAGGAGGAACCAGAAUUUCCAAGGUUCUUUUCCAAUGUGACUAUAGGCACGCCGCCUCAGGAGAUCCAAGUUCGAUUGGAUACAAGUAGCGGGUAUCUCGCGAUAACCGCGUCCAACUCAAACUAUUGUGAAUCGACAAACGAAGAAGGAUACUUCAACAUCAGUAGCUCCUCAACGUAUCAGGUCCUCGAUCACGAUUUCAAUGCGACAUAUUAUCAGGGCCAUAUUCUGACGGGAGACUUCGCAAACGAGAAAGUGGGGAUCAAUGGAGCCAUUAUACCCGCCAUGGAACUAGGUGUCAACUUUGGAAUUGAUGGUGACAAUGUUCUUGGCCUAGGAUACCUUGUGGGCCCAGAAUCAGAUGCCCCUGCGAGGAUCCUCCAGGCCUUGAUAAAAACCGGUGACAUCAAAUCAGCCGCGUACAGUCUGUGGAUGGAUGACUCCAUUGGAACCACAGGAAGCAUUCUCUUUGGCGGUGUCAACACGGCAAAGUACGUCGGAGAACUGCAUACCAUGUCUAUUCCAGCUAUCAACGGCGUCCACCAUCUCCCCGUAGCCCUGGUGACAGGGAUUGCAGUUCAAGCCGGCGGUGCCUCCAAGAACACGACAUCCGAUUUACCUUUCUACGUGGCUCUGGACUCGGCGGUGUCAUGGACAUAUCUCCCAGAUGGAGUUGUCGAACAGAUCUAUAAAGACUUGGGUGCUUGGUAUUAUGGCGAUGUCGGGAGACUCAACUGCACCGUGGGACAAAAAGGCUACAAUGUGACAUUUACAUUCAGCGAUUUCGAUCUUAGUAUCCCAGUGAGUGAUUUCAUCCUGGGGGGCGAUGGCGAGGUAUGCAUUUUCAGCAUUGUACCCAGUGGCGGACAAACCGCAGUGCUAGGUGCUACGUUUUUGCAGAGCAUCUAUGUGGUCUAUGAUUUGUCCAACAACGAGAUAUCCAUAGCGCCGACAAACUUCAGCUCGGGUGAAGACAACAUCUUGGAAAUCGGCAGUGGGUCCAGUGCGAUCUCUGGGGCGGCGUCUGUGUCGGUCACUACAUCUGCCAUAGUCCCAACCACUGUCAUUGAACCAAAUCCGAUCAGAUUUUUUCCUCCUACCUCCGUUUCAAGUGCCCAGAGUGCCACUUCGACUAGCAAGGGCGGGGCAAUUGCUCCGACUGGAAGUCCCAACAAAGUUAUGGCUGGUCUUAUUGGUGCAGGGCUCCUAAUCGUGCUAUAA